AUGUGUUGUAAGCUUAUUCCUUCAUUUUGCAUGCUUUUAUCGGUAGCAAAUGCAGUGCAUUUGGGACAUUAUGGUCCGCAAGAAGAACAUUCUCAGGAUGUGCAACCACAAGAAAUGCAACGGAAAAGUAUAAAAUUACUACGAAUGGGACCGCAGAUUAUGCCACCGCAAGGUAUGCCACCACAAGGCAUGCCACCACAAGGUAUGCCACCACAAGGCAUGCCACCACAAGGUAUGCAACCACAAGGUAUGCCACCACAAGGCAUGCCACCACAAGGCAUGCAACCACAAGGUAUGCAACCACAAGGUAUGCAGCCACAAGGUAUGCGACCACAAGGUAUGCAACCGCAAUACAUCGGACCACAAGCUGUUGAUAAAAAGUGUGCUGGCUGCAUAAUAAAUAUAAAUUGUGGCGGUGCAGAUUGUAUGCCAACGGUAACACAACAAACGCCAACACCACCGAUUUGGACGUUACCACCCACGCAGACACCAGGAUGGACUCCUGGACCACCGCUAACUCCAAAACCAACGGCACCUCCGCAUGUGACGCCAGGAGGUUGUCGUUUGUGUCCAUGUUACAUACCUCCUCCUUGUCAGAUAUGUCAACCAUGUCAAUGA